CCUGACUGAGAUCUCCUCCUGCUCUCGUCAAGAAAAUCCUGAAAGAAUCAUCUAAACACGAUGAAAGCUUAGCAUACAGAAGGUGUAGAAUUGCAGAGAAAACAAAUCUUGUGAAGGAUGAGAGGUUUACUGAGGCUGUAAGAAGAUCAUCUGAAGAUUAAAAUAAAGACACAGAGAACACAAACAUGUGCAGCACUGACAGCCCAGUGUCUGUUGAUCCCAAUCCUGCUCACAAGAGAAGAUGGAGUUUAGAGCAACCUCCUUAUAUGAGGAUUGUUCUGUUGUGUAAAGAUGUGUCAGUAAACAGUCGAGUGGGAAACUUCAUGUUGUGUAGAUCAGCGUUUGAGACUGAAUCUUCUCCAGAUGAUCUUCACUGCUGUGAGAGAGUCAGAGGAAAACACAUGACACUCAUCAACUGUCCUCAUCUGCUCCAACACAACCUGUCAUCACAUCACAUCACACAAACACUGAGAGAGUGUGUGUCUCUGUCUCAUCCAGGACCUCAUGUCAUCAUUCUCAUCUUUAAACAUGAUGAUGAGUGUUCAAGAGAAGAUCAAGAGCAUGUGGAGAUGAUCCUCAACUCUUUCUCUGACAGUGUUUAUGAACACACACUGGUAUUGACCACACACCACUCACCACACACUCAUGUCAAUGACAACAUACAAGAAAUUAUUAGAAAAUGUCUAAACAAACACUACAGACUGGAGAAAAACAGCUCCCCAUCUAAAUUUAAUGAGACAUUAGAGAAUAUUGUCCAAAUGAACAGUGGAGGACAUCUGAUGUGUGAAGACCAAUUUCUCACUAUGAUGCAGCUGACAGAAGAAAGCGAUGUUGUGAAGCUGAAUGUGGUUGUGUGUGGAAGUGACAGAAGAUUAAAGAGCUUCAUCUCAAAGCUGAUGUUGAAUGAGAGCAGCAGAAGAUCAGAGUUGAGAUCAGAUUGUGUGAUGAAGAGAGAGAUGGAGGUGUGUGGACGUCUGAUCAAUCUGCUGGAGCUUCCAGAUCUCUUCAACACUUCACUGUCAGAUGAUGAACUGAUGCGUCAAACUCUCUGCUGUCUGUCUCUCUGUCAUCCUGGAGUUCAUGUGUUUCUCUUCAUCAUUCCUCAUCAUUCACUCACUGAUGAACACAAAGCUGAAAUGCAGGAGAUACACAGAAUAUUCAGCUCAAGAAUCAGAAGUCACAUGAUGAUCCUGAUAAUGCAGAAGUCUGAAGACACACCAGCAGAACUUGAUGACGUCACACAGUCUGUUAUUAAACGUUAUGCAGCUCAAAAUCAUUUUGUUCAUCCAAACACACAAGUGUCCACAUUACUGGAGAGAAUUCAGCAGAUGAUAGAAGAUAACAGAGCAGCUUCUUUCACUACACAAACAUUUUUAUAUGAACAGAUGAAGAAGAUGAAAGAUGAAGAGAUGAAGACACAAAUCCUUUUACCAGAUCUUUCAGAGAUGAGGUGAGGAUUGUGCUGUUGGGUAAGACUGGAGUUGGGAAGAGUGCUUCAGGAAACACAAUCUUAGGAAGAGAAGUGUUUCUAUCAGAAGAAUCUUGUGAAUCAGUGACCAGCGAGUGUCAGAAACACACAGCAAAGAUC